AUGGCUUCCCUCGUCAACGUGCGUCGCGAUGUCAAGGACGCUUUCUAUCGCUACAAGAUGGAAAAGCUCGUUACCAAGAUCGAGGGCAAAGGUAACGGUAUCAAGACCGUCAUCGUCAACCUGAGCAGCGUUGCCCAGUCUCUCGCCCGUCCCGGCGCCUAUGUCAUCAAGUACUUCGGCUUCGAGCUGGGUGCCCAGACCAACGUCGACCCCGCUGAUGAUCGCUGGAUCAUCAACGGUUCUCACAACGCCGCCAAGUUGCAAGACCACCUCGACGGCUUCAUCAACAAGUUCGUUCUCUGCAAAAAGUGCAAGAACCCCGAGACCGACGUCAACAUCAAGGACGGACGCAUCUUGCUCGACUGCAAGGCUUGCGGUCAGCGGUCCGAAGUCGACUUGCGCCUCAAGCUCAGCAGUUACAUUCUGAAGAACCAGCCGAAGAAGGGCAAGAAGGACAAGGCCGAGCGCAAGGCUGCUCGCCGCGCCAAGGCCAACGGGGCCAAGGAGAAUGGCCAGGGAAGCGGAAGCGGCGGCGAGGGUUCCGAGAACGGAUCCAACGAUGCCGACGACCAGGAUGCUGGCAGUGACGACGAGUUGGAGAAGAUGAAGAAGGAAGCCCCGGAGCUCGCCACGAUGGAAGUCAAGGAGCACGAGUGGGCCGUUGACAUGAGCGAGGAAGCCGUCAAGGCUCGCCAGGCUCAGCUCCCCGAUGAGUUCAAGCAGAAGCUCAACAUGAACGGCGAUGAGGACGACGAGGACGGUGAGGGUGGCGGCAACACCAUUUACGACGAGUUCGGCACCUGGAUCCAGGACCAGGCCACUGCCAAGGGCGGUAUCGACAAGGUCGACUCAAUUGACAUUUUCGUCAAGGCCAAGGAACUCGGCAUCGAGACAAAGCACCGUUCCGUUCUCGUCCUGGUACAGACCAUUUUUGACGAGAAUAUUGUCGCUCAGAUCCCCAAGCGCGCCGGCAUGAUGAAGCAGGUCAUCAGCUCUGAUCGCCACGAGAGGGCGCUUCUGGGUGGUACCGAGCGCCUGAUCGGCACCCUUGGCAAGGAGCACCCCGAAUUGUACAGCCAGAUUGUUAAGAUCCUCCAGCUGUACUACAACCACGAUCUGCUCAGCGAGGAGGUCGCUAUCAAGUGGGGCUCCAAGGCGAGCAGGAAGUACGUCGACAUGGCUACGUGCAAAAAGAUUCGCAAGGCGGCCGAGCCCUUCAUCAAGUGGCUCGAGGAGGCUUCGGAGGAGGAGUCCAGCGACGAGGAGUAG